AUGAAAAAAAAUAACAAUAAUAGAUUUUUCAUUAUAGUUUUACUAUUAUUUAAAAUUAUUUUAAUAAAUAGUAUUAAUAUAAAAAAUAAUAAUCAUAUAAUAAUUAAUAAUAAUAAUAAUAAUAAUAAUAAUAAUAAUAAUAAUAAUAAUAAUAAUAAUAAUAAUAAUAAUAAUGAUAAUAAUAAUAUAAAUAUUGGAUGUGAAAUUCAUUCUUGGAAUGAUUUAAAUGAAUUUGAUCAAAUGUAUAAAAAAGGAAUAGUUUGGAAUAAAAUAGAUGUUCAUUAUUUAGCAGCAACAGAGAAUGGAUUUUGUAAUUCACAAAAUUUAAAUGAUUCUCGUGGUUGUUUUGUAUUUUCACAUGAUAUUCCAUCAUUUAAAUUUCAUUAUAAUACAACUAAUCAAUUAUUAGACUAUUUAAUAAAUAGAAAAGAUAGUUGGUUUAAAAGUGGUGAUAUUAAUACACCGAAGAAAUUUAUUGACCUUUGCUUUAAAUCUACAUUAAAUAUUUGUGCAUCAAAUUCUAAUUCUAAUUCUAAUAAUAGUUCAAGUAGUGAUUAUUUAUCACUAGUUGAUGAUUUUUUACAAUCAUUAAUUGAUAAUAAAUUAAAGUAUUCGUUAAAUGUUGAGUUUAUAUUAGACGGGUCUAUUAAACCUAUUGGUUGUCUGAGAGAUAGAUGGAGGAAAUUUAAUUUAGUUUCCACUUGGAUCAAUAGUCCCAUUGGUGCAUUGUUUUCAAAUGAUGUCGAAUUUGGGUAUGACCAAUUCCAAGUUGCAGAUAUUUAUAUCGGUUAUACAAUACCACAAUUUUGGGUUGACCUAUUAUGCUUAUUAUCACCACCAUUUGGUAAAUUCUCUCAAACCAAUUCAACUUAUCCAAUACUAGUUUGGGAACCUUCGAAUCAACAUGAUAUAGAAUUAGUCUCAACAUCUUAUUGUUCAUGUAUUAAACGAAAUAAUUUAAUUCAUUUUCCAGAUCUUUUAUUUGCAUCAAAUAUUGAUCCUGUUCAAUUAUCUUUAUAUUCUGCUUCAAUUUCAAAUAAAGCAUGGAAUUUUAAAAUUAAUGAUUUUGGUUUCGUAUUAAAUAAUAAUAAUAAUAAUAAUAAUAAUAAUAAUAAUCAUAAUAGUAGUAUAUCAUCAUCAUCAUCAUCAUCAUCAUCAUCAUCAUCAUCAUCAUCAUCAUCAUCAUCAUCAUCAUCAUCAUCAUCAUCGUCAUCAUCAUCAUCAAAUUUGAGUAAUCCUAAAAUAGUUUCAUUUAAUAAAAUUAAUACAACUUAUUUUAUUUUAUUCUUUUCAAAUGUUACAAAUAAUGAUAAAAUUAUUUAUUAUCAUAAUUUCAAUUCCAGUGAAAUUUUAGGGAAAUUAAAUUAUAUGAAUACAUUUCAAUUAAAUAUACCAAAUAAUAGUGAUUUUAAAAAACCAAUUAAUAGUAUAAAAAUUUUAAAUAAUUUAUUAUUUAUAAUUGAUGAAUUAUCAAAUUAUUUAAUUUAUAAUUUAAUAUUAAAUAAUAAUAAUAAUAAUAGUGUUGUAUUAGAAUUAUUAAAUUUUGGUAAUUUAAGUACAAAUCAACUAAAUUCAAUUAAAGCUUUUGAUAUAUUAGAAAAUAAUAAUAAUAAUAAUAAUAAUAAUAAUAAUAAUAAUAAUAAUAAUAAUAAUAAUAAUAAUAAUAAUAAUAAUAAUAAUAAUAAUAAUAAAAAUAAUAAUAAUAAUAAUAAUAAUUUAACUAUUAUUGAAUAUAGUUCAUCAAAAUUAUGUAAUUUGUCAUUAGUAAUAUGGUCAUUAAAUUAUAAAACUAAUGAAAAAUAUCAAUUAUCUAAACAAUGUAUUUUUUCAAAAUUAUCAUUUAAUUCAAUUUCAACAAUUUCAAAAUAUUCAAAUAAUUCAGAUAAUAAUAUUGAUUCAAUUAUUUAUUAUUCAAAUUCAAAAGGUGAUAUUGGUACAAUUUAUAUUUUAUUAAAUAAUUUUAAUUCAUCAAUUAUAAUUGGGCCAACGAUAAUUGAUGUUGGACAACAAGUUUCAGUUAGUAUUUUAAAUGAUUUAAUAAUUGAGGUUCAUAGUGAUGGUUAUUGUUAUAAUAGUGAAAUUAAAAAUAAAAGAAAUGGACCAAGACUUUGUGAACAAAUAGCAAAUUCAACACCUAAAAUAUUAAAUUAUAAUUUUGGUACUUUUGAUCAAUGGAUUUCAAAAAUUAAUUCAACAAUUAAUAGAAACCUAAUAACAAGUUGUGAUAAUUCAAUUAUUCAUGGAACUUAUAAUCAAGGUAGUUUUCCAAAUGUUUUACUUUAUCCUAUUGGUGGUGAUGAUGGCGACAUUGGUGUUGUAGAAGUUCAUCAAGGUUUACCAUUUAAUUUUAUAGAUUUUUCAGAUUGUGGUAGAGCAACAUCUUGGAAUGGAAUUAUGUUAAAUAGUUGGAAAUUAUUACCUCAAUAUUUAGAUAUUAAAUUAAAUUAA